AUGGAAGACUGGAACUCCGUUACCAAGAUUGGCAGCAAGACCCGCGGCGGCGCCGGUGGCCCCCGUGAGACUGUCGUCAAGGGCAAGAGCGCCUUGAACGCCGCCCAGCGCUCUGGCGGUAUCCUCGCAACUGAGAAGAAGUACACCACCGGCAAUGUCUCCGCGAAGGCAGGAGCCCCCGAGGGCCAGCACUUGACCAAGGUCGACCGCAGCGACGACAUCAUCAAGCCCAAGACCGUCGGUUACGCCGUCGCCGAGGCAAUCAAGAAGCGCCGCAACGAGGACGGUUACAAGAUGACGCAGAAGGAGCUGGCCACCAAGUGCAACACCACCAUCACCAUCGUGCAGGACUUCGAGCGGGGCACUGCGACGCCGGACCAGAAGGUUCUCGGUGCGAUGGAGCGCGUGCUCAACGUCAAGCUCCGUGGUACCGACAUUGGUGCAGAGAAGUUCCCCAAGAAGAAAUAA